AUGAAGGCAAUUUUAGCAGUUCUUGCAUUAUUGUCCUUCAACUGUGUUCUUUCGAUGAGUCAGUUUUCUCUGUUCUUAACACACCGUCCUCCACUUCCAACUGGUCCUAGAAGAGCAAACAGUCAGGCCUAUUUGAAAAAUGUUACUCAAAAGCUAGAUCAUUUCGAUUCAGAAGACACAACCACUUUCACCCAGUUUUACUAUGAAAAUACUGAAUUUUUCAAUAAAACCAAGAAGAAUGUCGUCUUCUUACAAAUGGGAGGAGAGAAUGCCAUUAAUGAAAAUUAUGUUCUGUAUGGGAGCUGGACGAAGAGUGCAAAAAAAUAUGGCGCCUUACUAAUCCAGUUGGAACACAGGUUUUACGGGAACAGCCAACCAUUUUCUGAUUUGUCCACGGAACAUCUCCGUUAUCUUACAAGCGACCAAGCGUUGGCCGAUGCAGCAAACUUUAUCAAAUUAAUAAACAAAGAGUAUGAAUUAGCCGAUGACGUUAAAUGGAUCGUCUACGGUGGCUCCUAUUCCGGCUCUCUAGCUGCUUGGAUGAGACUAAAACAUCCCGAUUUGGUUCAGGGAGCUGUAUCUUCAAGUGCCCCACUUUUUGCAAAGGUAGAUUUCACCGAAUACUAUCAAGUAGUUGUUGACGACUUGAACUACGUUAGUGAGCAGUGCGUCGACAGUCUUAAGUCGGCCAUGAGCCAAGUUGAGGAGAUAUUAAACAAUUCUACCUCAAACCUAACCGUUACCAGUUUAUUCAACGUAUGUGAACCUAUUGAGGGACUUGAAAGCGACGAUGUCAACGUUGAAAGCUUUUAUAAUAACAUAGCUCGUGCCUUCUCUUCGAUAGCGCAGGUCAAUGGGAUGGCGGCUACUUCUCUUAAUGAUCUAUGCAAAAUCAUGACCAAUGAAAGUAGAGGAAGCGAGAUAAUGCGUCUCUCUGAGGUGCUUUCAUUAACUAAUGGUGAUGUAAAUUGUAUACAAAAUAAUUACUGGAGCAAUGUGCAAUACUGGCAAUACAUUUAUGCAUUUACAGGUGAUCGUCAGUGGAUGUUCCAACAAUGCAAUGAAUUCGGCUGGUUCCAGCCAUCGGCGAGAGAAGACAAAGUUUUUGGAAAAGGGUCGUCCAUAGAUUUUCUAGUACGUAUGUGUCCCGACGUAUUCGGCGCAGAAUUCAAUAGGACUUAUGUCGAAGAUAAUGUCGAUCAAACAAAUGCUAAAUACGGCGGAACUGACAUCGACGUAACAAAUGUGGUUUUCGUUCAUGGAUCUUUCGAUCCCUUUUACCCUCUUGGUAUAACAGAAUCCCAAAAUCCAGACAUUUCGGCCAUAUUUGUGGAAGGAACUUCUCACUGUGCCGAUACGCUUGAUACAGGUUAUCAACCGCCACAACUUAUAGCGGCUAAACAAGAAAUAGACAGAUUGGUUGGAGUAUGGCUAGGGGUUGCUUAAAUAACUUAGGUGUUAUUUCAUAUUUGAGGAUUAAUAAAUAUUAUGAUAAAGCAUUUUAA